AUGGCGGAGGUGUCGACGGCGGUGAGGCGGCCCAAGAGCUUGUACGAGGUGCUGCGGGUGAAGAAGACGGCGUCGGCCGAGGAGAUCAAAGCGGCGUACCGGUCGAUGGCGAAGCGAGUCCACCCGGACGUGGCGCCGGCAGCCGGCGGGCUGGACUUCCUGGAGAUCCACCGGGCUUACGAGACGCUUUCCGACCCGACGGCGAGGGCGCGGUACGACCUCUCCAUCGGGCUGUUCGGAUUCGCAGCCGCGGCGCCGCUGCGGUCCCGAAGAUGGGAGACGGACCAGUGCUGGUAG